CUUCAUCUUUCCGUUUUCGUGCCUACAACACUGUGCUCACUAUUGGCGACAGAUUUGACUUCUUAUCAUCAUUGACAUGAUCCUGCAGUUGUGAUUGACCUUUCCAUAUCGGAUCCAACCAUGGCUCCAGCACCAUUCUCCCAAUUAUUUCCAAGACGGGACUUCGAUACGAACGCACCCACUGAGAGUUUUGCCAACGAAUGGGCAAAUCCUUCAAACUAUGCUUUCACUAUCCUUCUCCUCCUUGGAGGCGACGUAAUUACCCGGGCUCUUGCACAACUCGCAGGUGGUCCCGUGACACCCGUAGCAUUCUCUUUUGGCUGGGUCUCCUAUGCCACCACAGCAAUUUGCAGCGCUGUUGGUGAAAAUAAACUCAUGCCUGGCGCAGACUGCCCGUGUGAAGUCAUUAAUGGAAAGAAUGGCUACGUCCGAGGCAACAACUCUUUUGUUAUUGGCCGCAUAGUGCGUGACUACGAGGCAUGGAUGGGCUUGGCCGUGCAUAAUAUCACUCAGUCUCUCAUUGAUACCCGCUGGAAAUUUGACAAGGGCAUAGCAGAAAAAGAGUGUGACGGUUCCGGCGCAGAGGUCUCUCGACCAAGGCAAGCUGGCUUGGUAGUCAGCUUCUGGGAACCGAGUCAGACGAUUGAAGCUGGCAAGCCAGGACACGAUCUUCUGCACUGGUCAGGCUUGAUAACGACUGUGGUCCAGCUAGGUAUUGCAGCCAUCUCGUGUGGUAUUUGGGGAGAUUGGAGUGUGCUACUCAUCACGGGCGGUGCAUCAGUUCUAUGUUACAGUAUGGGUGCGCUAUCUCAGUGGGGCGUUGAGAAAUGGGCGUGCAGACGUCUCAAUAAACGAAGCAAGAAAAACUUUAUCCUAACCCGCGGAAACGGCGCACAGCAUGCCAUUGCGAUUAUUAGCGGCGGACGUGGGCUAGAUCUGGAGGAUUUGGCAACUGGAUUCGACAAUCUGGAUGCUCCUUCGAUUACACUCUUCGCACAACUGGCCACCAUAUUCUUGGGACUUCUCUGGAUCGUAUUACUCAUCACGAGCUCAGCGAUCACGGACUCAGCAUGGUUUUUGAUUGCGGUUGGAGGAGUCGGUAUUCUGCAGAAUAUGUUUGUUGCAGGGUGGAAACGACAGCCUAAGGCGCUGGGGGUACCAAUUGAUUACCUCGACGUUGUAGGAGAUGUAAAGGUUAUGAACACGUUACUGGCAGUGGAGAGGAAAUAUGAGAAGUUGGGGCAGAGUAUGAUUGGAUCAUUCUUCCCAGGUGACCUUAGGGGGAAUGAGAAGAAGCUGUGGGAAGAUGUUGCGGCGGAGUGGGUGGAAAAAAAGAGAGCGGAGGGUUUACAUAAGGUUUAAGUAUCUCUGGUUGCGGGGGGUAAGCGGUCGGCGCCUGAAUGUAAAGUAACUUUUGGGAGGUUCAUUUUUAAAGAAAAUGGUGGAAGGUUUGAUGUAUCUGCCAUCUAUAGCUAUAGCUUCGGAAAAUAAGACAUAAUUUCAGCUAAAUCAGGCAUCAAGUGCUAACACAGGG